CUCACGCUCCUAUAAUCAAUGGUUAAAAAAUAAAGAGUAAUUAUUUGGUGAUUUAAUUAUAUAGUAAAAAACAAAAAAAAUAAAUUAAAGAACAAACAUAAGGCUCGAAAACCAGUGGGUUUUCGUCAAAGCUACAAAGUUGAAGCUCCAAAAGCGGAUUUUACUCGCUUCCCAAAACCGCUCUCUAUUAUACCUUUCAAACACAGCCUUCCCAACCUUCGAGACCUCUCGUCUCUCUAUAUAAAUAUACACAUAGAUUUACUACUUCAUAUCAACCACCUCUAUAAGCCUCAUUCAAUUCCUUCAUUCCCAAUCUCAAUCACAUUUUAUAGAUACACUUACUACUAUUAUUAUAAUACAAGAUAUAAGAAAGAAAAGAGUUCUAGAGAGAGAGUGUGUGUGUUCUAGUGAGAGACUGAGAGAUGGCAUCAUCAGACAAGGUGGUGGAGACUGUGAUGGUUGGGAAUUAUGUAGAGAUGGAAACAGAAGGGAAGCCUAAGGAUGUCAAAUCGAGACUAUCUAGCUUCUUCUGGCAUGGUGGUUCUGUCUAUGAUGCCUGGUUUAGUUGUGCUUCAAAUCAGGUGGCUCAAGUUCUGCUGACUUUGCCAUACUCAUUUUCUCAGCUUGGGAUGGUUUCUGGCAUACUGUUUCAGCUCUUUUAUGGGUUGAUGGGUAGUUGGACAGCCUAUCUCAUUAGCGUUCUCUACGUAGAGUACAGAACCAGAAAAGAAAGAGAAAAAGUUGAUUUCAGAAACCAUGUCAUUCAGUGGUUUGAAGUUCUUGAUGGGCUACUUGGAAAGCACUGGAGGAACGUGGGUUUGGCAUUCAAUUGCACUUUUCUUCUGUUUGGAUCUGUGAUUCAACUCAUUGCUUGUGCUAGCAAUAUAUAUUACAUUAAUGAUAAUCUGGACAAGAGAACUUGGACCUACAUCUUUGGAGCUUGUUGUGCCACUACAGUCUUCAUUCCUUCAUUUCACAACUACAGAAUUUGGUCCUUCCUAGGCUUAAUAAUGACCACUUAUACAGCUUGGUACCUUGCUGUUGCAUCACUCCUCCAUGGACAGGUGGAAGGAGUAAAACAUACGGGAGCAAGCAAGAUGGUUCUCUACUUCACAGGAGCCACAAACAUUCUCUACACAUUUGGGGGACAUGCCGUCACUGUAGAGAUCAUGCAUGCAAUGUGGAAGCCACAAAAGUUCAAGGCCAUAUACCUGGUGGCUACAGUGUAUGUGCUGACACUGACGCUUCCCUCCGCAGCAGCAGUGUAUUGGGCAUUUGGCGACUUGCUUCUCAAUCACUCCAACGCUUUUGCUCUCCUCCCAAGAACACACUUCAGAGACAUGGCUGUCGUUUUGAUGCUUAUCCAUCAGUUUAUUACAUUUGGGUUCGCAUGCACACCCUUAUAUUUUGUGUGGGAGAAGGCGGUAGGCAUGCACGAGUGCAAGAGUAUGUGCAAGCGCGCGGCGGCGAGAUUGCCUGUGGUCGUCCCCAUAUGGUUUUUGGCCAUCGUCUUCCCUUUCUUUGGGCCCAUCAACUCCACCGUUGGAUCAUUACUCGUUAGCUUCACCGUCUACAUCAUCCCAGCUCUGGCCCACAUCUUCACCUUCAAAUCAGCAGCUGCCCGAGAGAAUGCAGUGGAACAACCGUCGAAGUAUUUCGGCAGGUGGGCUGGCACGUAUACGAUCAAUGUGUUUGUGGUAGUGUGGGUCCUUGUGGUUGGGUUCGGAUUCGGUGGGUGGGCGAGCAUGACAAACUUUAUACACCAGAUUGACACUUUUGGACUCUUCACCAAGUGUUACCAGUGCCCUCCUCAAGUCCUCCCACAGACACCAACACCACCACCUCACUUCCUUAACUUCACCGCACCUACUCCAUCUCCGGCCAACUUCCACCACCAGCACCACCACUAGUCUCACAACCCUUGAUCCGCCUAUUUUAUUCCCCACAUUUGCCAACUCCAGAGCUCUAUGAAUUGAGGACCUAUUUCACUUCCGAAAUUACCCCUUCAAGAAAAAGAAAAAAAAAAUCUCUUCCGGGCCCACCAUUGAUCUCAAUCACGAAAAGUGUAGUGUCAAUCGCGAUCAUCAACGUGUCUUUGGUUCUUAUCAGUUCUCUCUACCUAUAAAGCAUACAAAACCCCACCCUUUUUCUGUCACUUCUCACCAAAUGUUUUGUUUAGGUUAGACCUUAAAUUGUUCUAUGCAAUAUGUGAAUCUUUUUCCUAUUAUGCUUAAUGAUUAAAUGUUCCAGAGGAAGGAUUCUCUC